UUCCACUCCGCCAUGACAAUCACGACGCGGUCGAGGCGGGCGACGUCAUUUACCAGUGGACACACACCUGCAGUCGUUGGACCAGGAUCGUAUGCACCAGAGAAUCUCAUUCAAGCGAAUGUGCUUCCGAGCUAUUCUGCCUUUGCGAGCUCGAACAAGAGAAACUUGAACAAGAACACAGGGACUUCUGCAAUCACUCCAGGUCCUGGGGCCUACAUCACGGAGGUCUCUCCUGGCAACAACCCCGGCACACCGAACGGCCAAUCAUCCAAUGUGUUCGCGACCAAGGUGGCUCGGUUCGCACCACAUGCACCAGGCUCCACCAUCUACCUUGCAUCUACUGUCCUCGACAACCCAGGGCCUGGAGCGUACUCGUGUCCCAGCGAUCUCGAACACACCGACAAGAUCACUGCCAUGCGUCCGACGUCACAUCAGUUCUCCAACCUGAUCAAACAAGGCGUGCCCACCAUUCCGCGAAAGGAUCAGAGCUACGGAUACAGCACCAACGGCGAAGGCGACCUCCACCGACACUCGGCCCCCGCUUCGACGUACUCGGGGCUGGGUCAAGACACCGUUGGACCAGCGUGCUACAAUGUUCGAAGGGAACCGGGGGGUGACAUCACGUCCACCGUCGCAAGCUUAAAGUCCACGACAAAGCGCGAGGUUUGGGACGAGUUGUCCCCUCGGCUGCACAUUCCCGGUCCCGGCCAUUACAACCCCAAGGUUCACCCUGCGAUCACGUUCGACAAGGCGGACAAACCCAGCGCCGUGUUUGCGUCCAAGGUGCCCAUACUGCCUGAACCCCGGCGCAUUCAACAGGACGACGAGAAAGCUCUCUUGUUGGCCCUGCAUCAACAAACCCACGUACAAAAGCCCAAGUUUCGAGGGGUCAAGACGGAGCAGUUCGGGUCCACGUCCGGGCGCACAGAUAUCGCAUCCAACAUCUACACGCCGUACGUGACCCCCACGUGCAACGUGACCCCUGGCCCAGGCACGUACGUGGACAAGAAGAAGAACCGGUACACCAUCGACCGCAUGCACACCCGCCCGACCCUUCGAGACGACGGCGUGGGCUUCCAAGCCGUAUCAGAGCGGCCUUGUUUAGCCAAAACGCGAGUCGCCAAUCCGAUGGGGCCUGGAGCGUACACCCCGACAGGCCACGACCAGACACUGGAGAAGAAGGUCCGCCAACGCCAAGGGAUUGGGCGGAUGGGCCAAUUCGGGUCAACGACGGAGCGGUUUCUGUGGAACAUGACGCCGGAAUCCAUGGAGCCCGACGAGCAAACCCCCGGGCCAGGCACGUACGAGCAGCCCCUGCAGAACUCCGCCGCGCCCCCCCCAGCUAGAGGACGACGUCCUCGCGUGUACACAUCGUCGGCGUUUCGCAGCACCACGGGAAGGUUCCCCAAGGGAAACAACAACCAUGUGCCCGAGUUCCACAUCGUCGGGGCGUGUUCCGCGCCUGCCGUCGGCGAGUACGACCUGAUCAACCCCCCGCAGCACAAAGUAGCGACGAAUCCGCACCUGAAGAUUCCGUUUCUGUCGCAAGGCCACCGCAGCGAAGUCGGUCAAGACACCAUGUACAUGAAAGUGCCGGGUCCAGGCCAGUACGAGGUCACGUCGCCGCGGGACUUGGCCGUGGGAGCGCAGAGCCGCACUCGAACCAACGGCGUGCGCUCGACGUUGGCGUCCAAGCCUCGCUUCGACAAGAACCCUUCCAAGCCGCAUCAACUGCUCGGUCCUGGUUCUUAUGCAAUUCCGUCGACCAUAGGCACCAAGAGCUUCAACGUCACGAUGAAACCGAAAAUCACGUGAUGCAAUCCAAUUGAAAAUUCUCAUAUUGUCAAUGAGGGAAAGGAGAAAAAGUAACAUUAAGCUUACAGUGUAACCCCUAACCUGUAUCAAGGACGUCGUCUCGAUUCCA